AAAUGUGAAAUCCUCCCCAUUGAUAGCUGUGCUCUUUCCCAAUCUGUGAACACACAGCUCAUUCCCGACCAAUCAGAACUGCACUCAGUGCUCCUUAUCAGAGAAUCUACGCUGCUCUCAUGCCUUUUUCUGAACAUUAAACCAUAGUAAUUUUCAGCCUGAAGAUAGUAAUAAACUGUACCACACACUAGUGGCGAAUCACAGCACUUCUGCUGUUUUGAACCUGGGCUCUGUGUUGUGUACUUUUUUCCUAUCUCUGAGGUUGAAGGAAAAUUAUAAUGUCUGUCUCCACAAUCCUAGUCUGUCUGCUGCUCACUCUGCAAAGUCUUGAAGGCAAGAAACACAAAGGACACAGAGUAGUGAGCGAUGUGACUCGGAGUGAGGUCCUCAGCUUCAGAGAGCCAUACAUCCCCAGUGCUGUAUUCAGGCUCUUUCUCCAAGGUGAGGACACCUGCACCCUGGAGCUGGCCCAGCUGCACACUCUGACCUCCUGUGGCUUCAACAGCAGUAAUCCCCUCAUCAUCAUCACUCACGGGUGGUCGGUUGACGGUAUGAUGGAGAGCUGGGUUCUGAGACUGGCUAAAGCAAUGAAAAGUUAUGUCAGAGAUGUGAAUGUGGUGAUUACCGACUGGCUGACACUGGCUCAUCAGCACUACCCCAUCGCAGUCCAGAGCACCCGCACUAUAGGAAAGGAUAUAGUUUACUUUCUUAUGUCACUCAAGAAUUCUUACCAGUUUCCUGCCAAAAAGGCUCAUUUGAUUGGCUAUAGUCUUGGAGCCCACAUCUCUGGAUUUGCAGGGAGUUAUAUGGAUCCUUCUGAAAAGAUUGGGAGAAUAACAGGACUGGAUCCAGCUGGCCCCCUUUUCGAAGGUAUGUCCCCAACAGACAGACUGUCUCCAGAUGAUGCCGAGUUUGUGGACGCUAUUCACACUUUUACUCGUGAGCGAAUGGGUCUCAGUGUCGGGAUCAAACAAGCAGUGGCACAUUUUGAUUUUUAUCCAAAUGGAGGGGACUUCCAGCCGGGAUGUGACCUGCACAACAUCUAUGAACACAUCUCUGAGUAUGGCUUACAUGGUUUCCAGCAGACAAUGAAAUGUGCUCAUGAGAGAUCAGUGCAUCUGUUCAUAGACUCUGUGUUGAAUAAGGAUAAGCAGAGCAUGGCCUACAGGUGCAGCGACAACAGUGCAUUUGACAAAGGCGUGUGUUUGGACUGCCGUAAGAACCGCUGCAACACUCUGGGCUACAACAUCAAGAGAGUUCGAACUGGCACCAGCAAGAAGCUGUACCUCAAGACACGCUCUCGGAUGCCUUACAAACUCUUCCAUUAUCAGUUCAGGGUCCAGUUCAUAAACCAAAUGGACAAAAUGGAGCCUUCUCUUGUCAUUUCUCUUACUGGAACCAAAGAGGAGAGUGGAGACAUCUCUAUUACAUUCACUGAAGACAUUUCAGGCAACAGGACAUUUACCUUUCUGAUCACCCUGGACAAAGACUUGGGAGAUCUGAUGCUUCUAAAGGUUCACUGGGAGGGUCCUGCUCUCUGGAAGAACAUGUGGAACCGUGUGCAGACCAUCAUUCCCUGGGGCGGGAAGGGAAGCAAACCCAUGCUCACAAUAGGGAGGAUUAGUGUCAAAGCUGGGGAGACACAAGACAGAACAACUUUUUGUGCCUUGACCGAUGAUGGGCAGCACGUGGAAGUGUCCCAGGACAAGGUGUUUGUGCGCUGCAAAGAAGAAACGGUCAAAGAGCGCCGGAAAAAGCACCGCAAUUUUUGAUUUUUCGGUCGCCAAAAGGCUGGAUUCAGUGAAUGUGCAAUUAAAAGGCAAUUGUUAUCGAUGUUGUAUUCCAUUAAUAUUAAAAUACUUUUUAUUGUUAAACUGUUACUGUAAAUGUAAAAUUAUUGUAUAUUUCGUGAUUGUUCCUUUUAUAUGAUUUUAGUUUGCAGCGUGUUCAAAGCAGCGCGUGCCUGGUCUGAACAUGACGUCACGGUCAGACACAACGUCCAAUGACCGCAGACUUAUGUUUGUUUAUUUUCCUUUAAAUUAGCUCAAUGUUCCCUACUUAGAAACAGUGUCAUCACAGUCACAGUAAUCAUAUAUCUAAUAUAUCUAUGGUGUUAAUAACAUGAAAAAUUAAAUGGGCCGUUUUAGAGUUCGCUUUUCUGACAGGCUUUUCAAUAAAGUCCUUUUGAAUUUAUAUAAAAACUGUAUACACGGGGCAAAACUGUGGGCAGGAUAAAGCUAGAGUUUUGUACAACCAUAAAUAUUGUUGGUACAAAUUUGGUUUAUUUGUUCAUUCAAGUAAUUCAAAGAAAAAUGUGACGGAUCCUCAAAACAUGAGGAAUUAGUAUAAGCAGACAGUAAAGAACAAAUAAUCAUAAAGUAUCUACACAGACGUGGAAAAUGAAAACAAUAAAGACAAUAAUUAAAAGACCCAAGUUAUUUAUGGACAUUUGUAUUAACUUUGUUCUCAGUGCAAUUUGCAACACACAACCAAGACAUUGUCCCAAC